AUGACCUGGUUUUUACAGUACUCAGUUCGGCCUGAAACGAUACUGACGAUACUCGCCGUGGCCAUCUCCGUGGACCAACUUGUCACCAUCGUAGCGACUACUGGAGCAGUCGUUCUAUCUUUGUGUUUCUGGCUACAUACAAUUGGGCUCUCGUCGGACUUCUUCCCGACUUUGGGCCAGCAUGCGCGACUUCAACCUGACUCUUUUUCACAGGAGCACCUCUCUCAGCGCCAACUCGAGGAAGAGGACUUACAACUAAAGGCAGUGGGCGAAGAAAUGAAAUCAAGGGAAGAGUUGUCUUCGACACCAGUCGGGGGAAGCUCAGUGAGUAGUCCCGACUCGAGAAGUCAGUCAGAGAGUGAAGCUUUGGUGGAGCAGGCAGUGGAGCAAGGCUACCUCGGAAAAGUCCCAGCUGAGUACAAUCUAUCAGAGGACGAUGUCAAAGGACCAUUGGAAGUGCCCAUCUGGUUUUUGAACUACAACCUGAAGACAACGAGUGAGCUUGCCAACCACAUGCCCAAAGUAAUCAUCAAGGAAGACGCGCCAGAUACAGCAUACGGUGAGGAUGCCGUUUUUGAAAUCAAAUCAGCUGUGUACAACAACCUUUGGUCUGUCUUGUCAAACCCAAGCCAGACGUGGGAGUCAGCAAACGAAGAGAAUCUGCCCUUCUUCAGGAGGACGACCCUUCUCCUGACCGCGAUUAACACCAUGUACGGGGCUCGGGGCCACCGCGCCUUCUUUGAAGCUGUCGUCGAACAGUUUGCCACUGACAUUGGGGCUGAUCUUAUCGCACUGGACAUUGAGGAUGUUUUGGACUUGGGUGAGUACUGGUUAAAUGGACUAGAAAGUCAGGGCUGUGUACGGGAAGGCAAAAGGGACAAGCCGCUGUUGUUCGCACAUACAUUGCUCGACGUUCCAGACCAGAGGAUAUUCAGGCACGGUACCGGUAGCGCCACGCCUGAGCGUCGACCAUUGAUCAUACACAUUCCAGAUGUUCACCACUUCGACAUACCCGACGAUAAUGACCUCCAAGGCAACCCAAGAUGGUUUGACUUCGCCGACAUCAAAGAAAUACUCGACGUGAUACAGCUAGCCAUCAUCAAUCAAGCGGGAGGGAGCGGUGCCACCUUGCUUGUGCUUUCGAGUCGCUAUUACACCACAUCCCACAGAAACACUGACAUUCCCCUCGUACACGCGCUUCUUGAGGCCGAAGAGGAUAUAACACUGGUGCCACUGAAAACUCCAAGCCAGGUCAAACUGCUUGAAGAAGGACCUCCCAACUGCGAUCGUCAUCUUCGCAUAAACAUCCGUUCAUUCCAGCGACAGAUAAGGGCCACUAUCGGGGACUUUACUUCGCCGCUAUUGCAGCCUCACACGGCAUGGGAGUUCAUCAAUGACUGCGAGACAUCGAGGAGGUUUUGCCUCGGGCACCGGCAACAUGGGGAAAUCAUAUCAGUUGGGAAGAAAGUUGCGCUUCAAGUCGGAAGACAUGGAAGCGUCACUGCCGAUCACAUUCAACAAUCACUUAUUGCAGUGGCCUCGCACGGAGAAAUGCUAAAAGAUUGGGACAUUGAGAGUAGUGUUGAUGACGUCCAGUCGCGCUGGGCUCAAUUUUCGCCACAUAUUAGAAAAAAGCUCGAGCAAGCUGAGAACGGGAAUAAUGACGCUGAGAAACAAUUAUUGGAUCUUGUUGUUGAUCCCGGGUCGAUCAUGCACGGAUGGUCGAAUAUCCAGCUCGAUUUGGACACGAAGGAUGCCAUCGCCCAGUUGAUUUACCAGGCAACAGGGACUAUUUCGUCCCAUCUCCGGUCUGGAAUCCUCGCAAAUGUCAAAGUCGGCGGUGCUCUACUCUACGGCCCCCCAGGGACAGGCAAGACUCAUCUAGCAAGAGUGCUGGCCCACGAGCACGAGCUGGUCAUGAUUUCGGUAUCUUCGGCCGACAUUGAGUCCAGUCGUGUGGGUGAAACAGAAAAGACCAUCCAAAACCUCUUCAGUCUAGCUCGCAAACUCCAUCCAAGCAUCAUUUUCAUCGACGAAGCGGACUCCCUCCUAAAGCGCAGGGAACCACACGACCACACGUGGGAGCGUGCUCGACUGAACCAAUUCCUUGCCGAAAUGGAUGGUCUCAAACAGGACAUGAACUCGCCGUUUGUUAUCCUGGCCACCAACCUUCCACAAGCACUUGAUGACGCCGUUCUCCGUCGCGUUCCUGCAAGAUUGUUCAUGGGCUUACCGCGGGCGCGGGCGAGGCGAGAGAUUCUUGCAAUCUGCCUCCGCGAAGACGUUGUUGCAGACGACGUGAACGUUGAUGACCUUGUACGACGCACCAAGGGUUAUACAGGCUCCGACCUGCAUACUCUGUGUGUCCAGGCUGCUUUGAUCUCAGCGGCCGAAUCCCAAGCCUCGAGGUCUGUUAACAACAUGACCGGGCUUAGUAGCAUACAGCGAGUUCACUUUGAAAAGGCACUGAGGCGAUCAGCACCUACGAGCACUGGACACGCACUGGCUGCGAUCCGGGAAUUUGCAAAAGCAAGCGACCCACAAGCAUUGGCUCAGUUUACAGCGCCUGACAAUGAUGAGGUAGAACAAGCAUCGACAUCGGCAGAGCCUUCGUUGCCGCGCCAGAAGAUGGGAAUCACGACCGGUACAUUGACACCUCCGGAUCAAAGUAUUGACAACGUAGGAGAUUCGGGGUCUGUGACAGGGGGUGAAGCCGCUUCUGAAUUUGCAUCGCCUGAGUUCGGAGUCCCAGAAGCUCCAACAUCCCAUAAAGCAGCCUCUGCCUUGGGACCGCUUUACACACCCCUGAAAAGCAACAGCCGACAAAUCAGAGUGCUAUCCAUCACGCCACAGUCACUUAAAACUGAGGACAGUUGGAUAGAGUGCAGGCUUGAGACGGUCGAUCUCGAUGACAUGGAGGUGUGGUACCACGAGCUGCGGACCAUACUCCAAGCAAACGAUGGCGAGUUCCCAUUUGAUGUGACCAAAACACCUCCGGCAUGGAUUCUAGCGACAGCUGCAAACGAGCUGGCCAAGGAACAACCAAAAGACACUGAGAUGCACUGGGCAUAUGUUUUGGAAAAGUUCAACUCGAUCCCAGAGCUGAAGACGUUGAAAUCAGACGUACCAUUCGAAAGGUUGACAAGAUGGACAGAGUUCGCUCCGAGAUAUGAAUGGGGGGACUACAUAGCUAUGAGUUAUACCUGGGGACCUCCCGAACCUUCUCACACCAUCUUGGUGAAUAAUCACGAGGUACAAGUUGGUGGCAACCUUUACCAGAUGCUCUUGAGGCUCAGGAAGUCAGUAGAGGUCAAACAGUCACAUCUCAAGGUCUGGAUUGAUGCCCUCUGCAUCAACCAAAAUGACGACAAAGAAAAGGAGACCGAGGUGCAAAAGAUGGAUGUGAUAUACAACAUGGCUCUGGCAGUUCGAGGGUGGAUAGGUGCCCCGUCCUCGGCAACACCAGGGUCCCCUUUUGACACCGCUUACACAUUGGUGCGACAGUGGUUCAGUCAGCAUCAGGGAAUCCCCAAGUCUUACAUUUCCGACCCCACACUAUACCCUCAGUCACUACUUCGGUCGUUGCGAACUGUGGCCUUUGAGCUCAUCAGACUGCCGUACUGGAGUCGCACUUGGAUCACACAGGAGAUUGCGCUCGCUAAUUCUGUUUGUUUUUGGUACGGUGAUGACUACCUUUUUGUACCCGGAGAGAUAAAGCGAGCGCUCGAACCGUUUGUCGACUUUAGCUCGGCACUCAAUCAGCCAUCAGACUUGCACUUUAUGUGGGAUGACGGUGAGCUUGACUCCAGCUCUGAUCUCCCCUCGAUCCAGGAACAACGGAUGUUGUCUCAGCACGUCCAUCGAAUCUUUGUCAAGUUUGACCUUCGGGAGCUCCCCAGGGUUAAUAACACCGGACUUCUCAUCACGAUUUUGACUUUGGCCCAAGCAUCCGCCGCCACCGAUUUGCGCGACAAAGUCUACGGGACACUGGCCCUGCUCCCCCUCUCCAUCAGAGACAGUGUCAAACCCAGCUAUGCUGAGUUUUAUGCGGCACUCGAUGCUUACGCAGACUUUGCUAAAGCCUGUAUCCUAGGCCUGGGCGAUCUAUCAAUAUGGACCUACCUAACCCGGUUACAGCCCCGUCCAGGGGGUAGCUCUCUACCAAGCUGGGCCAUCGAUCUCAGUAGUGAGGCGGACGAUGCUUUGGUUCAAGAACGUACGACCCCACCUUCACGUCCUGGUUCCCGCUUCAACGCCAACGCGGGAAAACAACAGUGUCCUGCCUUUUCUCACGACGGACGCAUCAUGUAUUGCGAGGGAUUGAUCAUCGACUCCAUUGACACGUUGACGAUGUCGCCCUCGCGCGCAAGGGAAAUCACAUUACAGGAUUCGUAUUUCAACCCGUUGUCUUCAGUGACCAACCCCCCCGCUGCCCCGUCGAACAUGCCCAACGAAGACGCCAGGACGGCUUUAGCACGCGUGCUGCACGCAGAACCCGAGUAUGACAUAUCUAAUCCAAGCUGUCUCCUCAAUUUGGCAUGGGGUCUAAAGGAAGAUCGUCCGCCAGACGGGCUCAACUGGCAAAGACUGGAAGCCAACAUCAAGGACGCUUCUGAACUAGCUCACGCCCACAUGUCCUUGUUGUGGUGGCGCGCCCUUCUCCAUGCCAACCUCGACUUUAUGAUCAAAGGGUGCCCACUGCACAGCUACUUUUCUUCAGGUGCGGCACAAGAGUUCCAACCACACGAGUACACGUACCAGGAUCUAUCUCAGACAUCCUAUCGAAGACUUUGCAUGACUUCGAAUGGUCGGGUUGGGACGGUGCCAGGUCUGGCCCAAGCCGGCGACAAGAUUGUCGUUCUCUUUGCUUGCCAAAAGCCGGUGGUGGUUCGCCCCAAGGGGAAGCAUUACGAGUUCAUCGGCACCUGUUUUGUGGACGGGCUCAUGAAGGGGGAGGCCGUGGCUGAUAUGGAAAGCGGGGGCAAGCUCAAUCCUGAGAUGAUUUCUUUUUGUUAG